AUGCUCUUAGCCUGGCGGGCCCCCCUCCGGGGCGUCCAGCGCGGCCCCCCUGGCUCGCGUCGCUCGGUCCCCGCCCCCCGGUCCCCAGCUGGCGCAAUCUUCGGGCUGCUCCCUGCGCCCCUCCGAGGCCGCCGCGCUCCUGUGGUGCGACGGCCGGCCCCCGCGCGGCAGGGCCUCCGCUCCUGCGGCGCUGCAGCGGCGCCCCCUCCGCCUCUUUCCCCACCGCCCCCCUCCCCCCCGCCCCCCCCGCACGUCCCCGGUCCGCCGGUCCCCGACCCUCCCCCUCCCCCCUCCCCCGCCCCCCCGCCUCCCCCUCCGCCCCCUCCCCCCCCGCCGCCUGCCAUGCCCCGCCCCCCCCGCGCCCCCCCGCCCCCCCCGCCGCUCCCGCCCACUCCCCGGCCCGCCCCCGGGCGCCGCCCCCCCGGCCGCCCUACACCCCCUUACCACCGGCUCGGGCCCGCGCGGCGCGCUCCCGCGCGCGCGCCGCCGCCCCCCCCCCCCGUCCCCCGCCGCCCCCCCCCUGGCGCGCGCCCCCCCCCGCCUCCCCCCGCUACGCCGCCCCCCCGCCGCCUGCGUCCCGCCCCCCCCCCUCGCAGUUCCCGCGGCGGGCCGGGCGCUGCCCGCCCGGCCGCUCCCCCGCGUGCCCGGCCCCCCCGCACCCCCCCGCCCCCCCCCCCGCCCGCCGCCGCGCCCCCCGGCCGCUCGCCCCGCCCCCCCCCCGCCGCCCCUCCGCGCGCCCCCCCCCCCCCCCGCGCCCCCGCCCCCCCCCCACCCCCCCCGCCCCCCGCGCCGCCCCCACCCCCGCGCGCCCCUCCCCCUCGCGCCCCGCCCCCGGACCGCCGCCCCCCCCCCCCGCCGUCGGCCCCCCCCCCCCCGCCGCCCCCCCCCCCCCGCCCCCCUCCCCCCCCCGUCCCAGCCCCGCCCCCCCGCCCCGCGCCGCUGCCCCCCGCCCCCCCGCUCCGCCCCCCCCCCCCGCCGCUCCCCCCCCCCCGCCGCUCCCCCUCCCCCCCCCCCCCCCUGGGGCGCGCCACCCCCCGUCCGGCGCCCCCCCGCCGCCCCGCCGCCCCGCCCCCCCGCCGCCCCCCGCCGCCACCCCGCCCCCCCGCCCCCCGUCCCCCCCCCCCGCCCACCUCCCGCCCCCCCCCCCCGCCCCCGCCCCCCCCCGGCCGCCCUCGCCGCGCCGCGCCGCCUCCCCGCCCGCCCCCCGGCCCCCCCCCGCCGCCCCCCCCCCCCCGCCCGCCGCGCCCCGCCCCCGCCCGGCCCCCGCCCCCCCCCCCCCCCCGCGCCGCCCGCCGCCCCUCCCCUACCCCCGCCCCCCCGCCCGCCCCGCCCCCUCGGCGCCCGGCCUGCCCCCGCCCGCCGCGCCCGCCCGCGCGCCCGCCCGCCCCGCCCCCCGCCCCCCCCCCCCCCCCCCGCCUCCCCGCGCGCCCCCCCCCCCCCCCCCCCCCCCACCCCCCCCCGCGCCCCCGCGGCCCGCCGCCCCCCGCCCCGCCCCCCGCCCCGCCCUCGCCCCCGCCCCCCCCCCCCGCGCCCCCCCCCCCCCCCCCCCCCCCCCCCCCGCCCCCCGCCCCCCCCCCCCCCCCGCCCCCCCCCCCCCCCCCCCCGCCCCGGCCCGGCCCCCCGCCCCCCCCGCCGCCCCCCCCCGCCCCCCGCCGCCGGCCCGGCCCCCCCCCGCCGGCCCCCCCUGCCGCCACCCCCGGGCGCCCCCCCCCGCCCCCCGCUCGCCCCGCGCCCCCCCCCCGCCCCCCCCCGCCGCCCGCCCCCCCGGCCCCCGUCCCCCCCCCGCUCCCCCCCACCCCCCCCGCCCGCCCCCCCCGCCCGCCCCCGCCCCCCCUCCCCCCCCCCCCCCGCGCCCCCCGCCCCCCCCCGCCGCCGCGCGCGCCCCGCCGCCGCGGGCCCUCGCCCGGCCCGCGCCACGCAGCGCCCCCCCCCCCCCUGCCUCCCGCGCCGCGCCUCCCCCGCCCGCCCCCGCCGCGUGCCCGCCGCCGCGGCCGCCCCGCCCGCCCCCGUCGCCCCCCCCCCCGCCCCCCCGCCGCCGCCCCGCCGUUGCACGUGUCUGGCGCGCCCCGGGCAUGCGUUACCGCGGGGCUCGGCCGCGGGCCGCCGCCCCGCCGCGCAGCUCCCGCCCCCCGCCUGUCACAGCGCCCGGUCCGGCUCGCCGGGCGCGCCUGCCCGGGGCGCUCCCGCUGUUCCCGGUUCGCUUUCGAGUGCCCAACCCUUCUCUCCAGGCCGGGCGGGGGAUUCUCAUUCUCGCGCGCGUGGCAGGCGGGGCCACCCGCGGACCGGCCCCGGGGUGUGGCCGCCGGCCGCUCGCGGCGGCCGGCCGGGCGCCGGGGAGGACACGGGCCCCCCGCGCCUGGGCGCCCCUCCCUCCGCGGUGGCGCGGCGCGGCGCUGGCGGGGGGGGGGGUCCCCCCGGGCCCGCGCGGUCGGGCCGGAGCUCCGCGCCUUCCGCGCCUUCCUGUGCCCCACCCCCCCUCCCCUCACCUUCCCUCCCCCCCCCGCCCCCUGUCCGCCUCGGCCCCUCUCCCCCACCCCCCCUGCUGGGCGCGGCGACCCGGGCCGGGCCGCCAGUCGCACGGGUCCGGCGAAGGGGGUGCCGGCGCGGGGACCGGCCCCGCCCGCGCGCCUGGGGCCCGGCCGCCGCCCGGCCCCUAGCCGUCUCCGGUCGUGCUCGGGCUCGCCCCCCCCUCCCCCCCCCCUCCCCAGGCCGCCACCCCUUGCGUUGCCCCCCCCUCCAUCAGCCGCGGAGACACCCCGCCGGCCGCCGUCCGCGCCUCCGCCCGGUGGCGGCUACGUGCGUCUCGGCCACGGCCCUUCGCCCCCCGCCUGGCCGGGGGCGCGCCCGCAGACGGCUCGACAGCCCCCCCGUUGCGCGGCCGUGCGUCGCGAGGCGACGAGCCGGCCCCCAGUGACCGGCCGCGCGCCUCCGCGCUGCCCCGACACCCCCGGAGCCCCCCGCCCUACUGCCCCCCCCCCUGGGGGUGGGGUGGUCCCCCCUCGGGCCCUUGCGGCGCCGCACGUCCCGGCGGUGUCGCCGACGCCGGGCCCCGCUUCCGCUCCCGGCCCCUCUUGCCCCGUCCGGUGCCCGGCCGGCGGCGCCCGCGGCGCCCCCCGGGGCCCCGCCGCGCCGGCGGGUACGCCCUCCCCGCCUCCGCGUGGCGGGGCUCCCGGUUGCGCGCUGGCGCGCACGCCGGCGCGUCCCACGUCCCCGUGCGAUUCCUCGCGCCCGCCGUUGCUCUCCCUGCGGCCUCCUGAGCCCCCCCCCCCGCGCCCGGCGGCGCGCCCCACCCCCGGCAGUACCGCUCUUUUCCCCGCGGGGCGCGUCCCGCCGACCGCGCGGCGCGCCCGUCACCCCCUCGGCCUCGCCCAUUCGCACCGGUCCCCCCUCCCCCGCGCCCGGCUUCCUCUCGUUCCCGGCGGCGGCGCCCCCGUCCUCCCCGGUCGCGGCGCGGGUGCCCCCCCUUCGCGCAUCCUUGCUCGCAGCGUGGGUGCCGCGCCUUCGGCCCCCCUCCCGCCCCCCGCUUCGCGUCGGACGCCGCGCGGCCGGGCCCGGGCUGUCGCCCGGCCUGCGUCGUGCCCUCGGCGUCCCUCGUGGGCGCGCGGUUCCUCGGGACCCGCAGCCUCGGCCCUGCCGCCGCGGGGGCGCAUCCCCCCCCCCCCGGCCCCCCGGCCGCUUGCCCGUCCCGCGGCCCCCCUCUCCGCCCCCCCCCCGUGCGUCGGUCGGGCGCCCCUGCCGACCGCCGAGAGCCUGCGGGGUCGUUGGGUGCCGCCGUGCUUCUCGCUCGACGCAGCCGGACCCGGCGCGCGGGCUAGGCGCCGCCAGCCGCGCGCCGGGCGGGUCCGCGCGCCUGUCCGCGGCGGCGUGCUCCCUCCGGCGGGCCCGGCGCUGCGGCCCAGGCGGCGGUGCGCCGGGUCCGCCGCCAGCGGCCCCGCCGCCGGGUGCGGGGCUCCCCUCCCCCCCCCCCCCCCCCAGCGCGCCCCUUCCGCUCCUUGUUGCCCCCACGCAAAUUCGCCCCCUCGCACCCUGCCGUCCGGAGCCACGCGGCGGCCCCAUGGGUCGGCGGCGUCCUCGUUGCGCUCGCGGCGCCCCCCUCCCCCUGCUCUCGGAGUUCGCCCGGCACUCACCCCCCCCCCGCGCCAUGUGGGGCGCUCGGCGGCUGCCUCCCCGCCCCCCCCCACCCCGCGCUUCGCCGCGACCCCCUCGCGGUGGCUUCGCCGGGCCCCCCCCCCCCUCCCGGCGCCGGGGCCCAGGCUGCGCGCUCCCUCCUUCGCGCUCUCCCCGCCCGGCUGCCGCAGCUGGCCGAUCCCGCGGGGCAACCGGCGUGUAGUCGCCAUCCCCCCGGCUUUGCCCGCUCCCGCCGCCUCCGCCUUCUCGGUCGCCGCCCCCCCCCGUGUCCCCGCAGAUGGCACCCCCGCGUGCCCGGUGGGCGCCCCUGUGCGCCGGUCGGCGUCGGGGGCUACCCCGGCGGCAGCACGUGAGCGGCGCUGCUGCUGGGCGCGAGUCGGCCCCCCAAGCCGGUGUUCCCGCCCGCCGGCGCGCCUGUCGCGCCGCUCUUCCUGCCGCGUCCCGCCCCUCACGCCCGGCCCGCGGCUGGCGCCGUCGCGCCUGGCUCCGCGCCCCCCCCCUGCUCCGGCUCGACAGCCGUCGCCCCGUAUCCGCCGGACGCGCUGCGCCUUGCGCAGCGGUGCGGAUCCGGGUGCCUUGGCCCCGCGGACCUCCCCGUGCCCCCCGCUGGGGCCGCGCGGCGCUCUUGGUGGCCCCGCCCCGCCUCGUUCCGGAGCCACGCCCCCCUCCCCCCCGCGGCGCCUUUGCCGCGGGCCGCGCGCUCGGCUUCAGCGGGCCGCGGCUCGCGGCGUGCGCCCGCGCCUCAGCGCUCCCGCCCCCCACCCGGCCCUCGCCUCCGAGCCUGUCUCCCUGCCUCCCGUAUGCUGCCCGCCUGCUCCGACCGCGGGCCACCGGCGGCGCUGCGGGCGCGCCGCCUGCCGCCACCGGGCGCCGCCCCCCGUUUGCGGUCCGCCUCGCCCCGGGCCCACCGCCCCGCCCGUUGGCUCCCCCUCCCCGACCCGCCCCCCUGCCCGCUCGCACCUGUCGCGCCCGCUCCCCGUGACUGGCGUCCCCCGGUCGCAGCGGCUGGGGCCGCGCGCGGACCCCCCCGCCCCCCCGGCUCGGCGGCACGCGGAGCUCGGGGGCCGCCCCCCCCCCGCGGCCUGGCGCGCCCCCGCCUCCCCCCCCGCCCCCCCUCCCGCCGCGCCCCCCUUGCACGCCCCUGGCCCAGGGGCUGACCGGGCGGCCCGCCCUCCUCCGCCGCCGCGCGCCGGGCGCGGAUUACUCUACGCGGGCGCCCCUGACCGCCCCGUGCGUACCCGCCCGCUCCUGGUGCCCCACCUCGUCCCUCCCGGGCCGCCCCAGCUCGGCCCCGGCCGGACCGACGGCACCCCGGCGCCCUUCCUCCCCCCCCCGCUGCGGCUCGCUUCCUCUCGCCCCCCUCCCGCCUCCUUCUCGUCGCGGCCGCGGCGGGUUCCCCGCCGCCGCGCCCCAUCUCCGCACCACGCGGCCCCCAUCCCCGGCGCUCUCCGCCUAUGCCCCCGCCCCGCGGCCGCUGUCGGCGGCGGCCAGGCCCCUGCGGUCUCCUGUCACGGCCGAUCCCCCCCCCCCCGCUCGCGGUCGCCGCGCCCGCGGCUGUUCAGGCCCGUCCCGGCCGGCGCUCGCACGUCAGCCGGACUCUACGCGCGCCCAGGCCUCCCACGGCGGUUCGCGGGCCCCCACCGGCGCCCCCCCGCCCCGGCCGCCGCGGCUGCGGUGCGGCGGCACCGCGCGCGCGCAGUCGCGCCGGUUUCCCGGGCGUCCUUGCCCUCCGGCCCCCUGGGGCUCAGCCCGGCGCCUGCCGCCGGCCGGCGGCUCUAG